AUGGCAUCCCUUCCCGACAUCAAAAGCCUAGGCAGAUUGUCCGGAGAGGAGCAGACUAAGGUUCUGGACCUCCUCUUCGAACCGAGUCCGGCGAUCCAUGCCCUCCUCCUCCCGUCCAUCUCCGCCGCAUCGUUCGAGUCCUACGACGACUUUAUCGCACAUUGUCAGAACAUCUUCGAAGCGCUCACGACCGACCCUUCUCACAAGACCGAACUGCACGCGAUCAUUGGCUCACAUCCCCGUCUGGGAGCUAAGAAGGUCGAAAGCGCCCAAUCCGCGGCAGAGCAGGCCAAACUGCAGGAUGGAGACAGCUCUCAGUUGGCAGCCCUCAAUUCCGAAUACGAGCUUCGGUUCCCUGGCUUGCGCUACGUUGUAUUCGUCAACGGCCGGGGCCGUCCUGAGGUAAUGGAGGACAUGCGCACACGGAUUGCCCGCGGCGAUAUUGCUUUGGAAGAACGCGCUGCAGUACAAGCCAUGUGCGACAUCGCCAGAGAUCGAGCUUCAAAACUUGCCGCCGCUUCCUGUUGA